CAGGAAGUAGUUCACUUCCGCUCUAUCAAAAUGGAAACAGUUUUCCAAAGGUAGCUUCAUAUCAUAUUUAACAGCUGAUGUCUCGCCCAAUGUUUACCUAAAUAGUUUGAAGUAAUAGCGUAAAAGCUAUUGAUUCCGUAGACGUGCUCAUCGAGGUGACAAUCGUGACGUAACUUACGUGAACAGUGAACAGAACCGGAAACGCCCUCGCAGCUAACUUUAGCGUAGCUACAAGCUAACGUUGGAUCUUAUUUCCUGACAUUAUUCUGCGCUAAAGACACUCGUAGUGUAUGUUCCGUGUUCAACGUUUGUAACAGACGUCAUCAGAAUGCACCGGAGAGGAGUCGGUGCGGGAGCUAUUGCAAAAAAGAAGCUCGCAGAGGCCAAAUACAAAGAAAGAGGAAAUGUUCUUGCAGAGGACCAAAUUGUUCAAAUGUCGAAGCAGUUGGAGACCUUCAAGUCCAACCUGGAGGAGUUCGCCAGCAAACACAAGCAAGAAAUCAGAAAGAACUCCCAGUUCAGGGUUCAGUUUCAGGAGAUGUGCUCCACUAUUGGUGUUGACCCACUCGCCUCUGGCAAAGGGUUCUGGUCCGAGAUGCUCGGUGUCGGUGACUUCUAUUACGAGCUCGGUGUUCAAAUUAUUGAAGUGUGUCUAGCCCUGAAACACAGAAAUGGAGGGCUCAUUACAUUGGAUGAACUCCAUCACAGAGUGCUGAAGGGAAGAGGUAAAUACGCUCAGGACGUGAGCCAAGACGACUUGAUGAGAGCCAUAAAGAAGCUAAAGGUGAUGGGGAACGGCUUCGGGAUGAUUCCGGUCGGAGGCUCUUAUUUGGUGCAGUCGGUCCCAGCUGAGCUUAACAUGGAUCACACCGUGGUUCUGCAGCUGGCCGAGAAAAAGGGCUACGUGACCGUGAGUGAGAUCAAGGACAGUCUGAAGUGGGAGAAGGAACGAGCCUGUCACGUCUUGGACCACCUGCUGAAAGAAGGCCUGGCCUGGCUGGACUCUCAGGCCGCUGAAGAGGCGCAGUACUGGCUGCCCGCUCUCUUCGCCGAGCUGACCUCCCGUGACGUCACACCGGAGGAGGCCAAUCAGAUGACACCUUGAUAGGAUUUUGGGGGGGGGGGGGGGGGACCGACCGCUCAAGAGACAUGUUGUUAAAUGACCAUGAGCCCGGUGAAACGGCGCUCCCUCUGAGCUCAUCUUCUGGACCCGACGGGGAGAACGCGUCACCUAGGCAACGAGUGCCGUCACAUUAUUUGCACACGCGGACUUGGGAGUCACGGCACUGGUGUCUCGCCUUUUCAGGUGGUUACGCAUCAACGUACAGACAAAUGUGUAACGUUGUUGUUUUCUAUAUAACUUUGAAACAAAUAAAUAACUUUCCUCUGC